GUUUCCGCUAGACGCCGUGCGUUGCUGCCCGCGAACGGCGACAUGCUGCCCGCCAAGAUCACCCUGUUAUUUGGACUCGCGACGCUGGUAAAAUUAUCAGCAGCUGCACCGGACAGCGCCGGGAUCGUGGAGAUGGUGAACGGAUUGGCAUAUGGUGGAAUCCCGUACGGAAGUGUGAGCGGCAUGGUGGCCAAGUAUCCAGGUUACGGGCAAGUCGACAACCCCCAGCAGCAAGCGAGACAAUUGGGCGGCUUCGACUUCGCGCAGCACCCAGUAAUCAUCACGCCGAAUCUGCGCACGAAUCGGCCGCUGGCAUUCACGCCUCGACAAGUGCAGAUUUACAAUCUACCCGCAGUCGUUGCUCCAGGUGUCGUCGGCACGAUCAGCCAAAUCGGCUACUAGCCAUCCGCCUGCCGGACGGAGCUUUUCGUCGGGGAAACACGCCUCGUCGUGGUCAUCGAGUCAGCCAGCCGAAUCAGACGAGCGUCCUCUGACACCUGUCGCCGAUCGCGAGGAAGAAGACACGUCGAGAACGCCAGCCGAUCGCUCUCUCACGAAAAUUGCAUCCCGCGCGAUCUCAAGCGACGCUGAAGAAAUACCGUUGGAUGAAGUCCUCGUCGAUCCAUGCGAGCAUCAGGCUGUGCUGCGCGACAGCUUUCGCGUAAAUUAGCUAUAAUUGCCAACGAUAACGUUCGUUACUCGAGAAUUAUUUUCUCUCUGUCUGGCUUCAGAGGGAGAGGGGGAGAAGGAGAGAAUAAUUCCUCGCGCGAGGCGCCGCUACGCGCUCUCCGACGUCGUCCUGCAUUGAUGUGCCACUUGUUCAUUCAUUGCCAUAUUUUUUUUAGUAGAUACUGUAAGGCUCACACGCUUGUAAAGAUAGAGAAAUACACACGGAUGCCUGGCGAAA